AUGAAGCGUUUUCUCUCUAUGCUCGUGCCCAAUGUUCUCCAAAGCAACAAGAAGAGCAAACUUCGAAAAGCUGAUGAUACCAGUGCAUCUGGUUCCUCUGCCGCUUCGGCGGGUGAUGACAAUUACGAUGUGUUCUUGAGCUUCAGAGGUGAGGAUACUCGUAAAACUUUCGUCGAUCACCUUUACAACGGCCUCGUCAAUGCUGGAAUCCGCGUGUUCAAAGAUGACAAUGAGCUUCGCGAAGGUGAGAAGAUCAGUACCAACCUUCUCCAGGCCAUUAAGAACAGUAAGAUCUCGAUUCCGAUUCUCUCGCAGAACUACGCUUCAAGCAAAUGGUGCCUUCAAGAGCUCUUUGAGAUGACAGAGUGCAUGAAGAGAGGUGGGCACGUUGUCUUGCCCAUAUUUUACCAGGUUGAACCGGCCCAUGUGCGAUACCAAAUAGAAAGCUUUGGAAAGACUUUCUCCCAUUUAAGUAGGAAGUAUACAAUAGAAGAUGUAGCAAAAUGGAAACAAGCACUCCAAGAAGUGGCUUCCCUGAAGGGAUGGGAAUCGGAGAAAACUGCUAACGGCCUCGAAGGACAAUUGGUGAAAAUGGUCGUAAGCAAAGUUUUGAACGAAUUAAAGAAGGCCUUUCAGCUGAUUGUUACCGAGCAACUUGUUGGAAUCAAUAAUGCUGUGGAUGAUAUCUUGAGAUUGCUGGAUGAUAAAACCGAUGCCACCCAAAUUGUCGGUAUUUAUGGAAUGGGGGGUAUCGGUAAAACAACUUUAGCUAAGGCCGUCUACAAUAAGCUCUCUAACCAAUUUCAGUAUCGGAGUUUCAUUGCAGAUAUUCGAGAAUCCUCGCAGCGCAAUGGCAUUUCAGGUUUGCAGAAUCAAUUAAUAUUUGACAUACUGAGAUUGAACAAUGAAGUGUCUACUAUUGAUGAAGGAAUCAGGAUCAUGGAAUCCAGAUUUAAAUAUAAAAAAGUCUUACUUCUUCUAGAUGAUGUGGAUCAUAAUGACCAGCUCAAAGCUUUGGUUGGGAAACGUGAUUGGUUUGAGAAGGGAAGUAAGGUAAUCAUUACCACAAGAAUAAAGUCUGUUCUUGACAAAGCUGGGGCCAAUUCCGAGUAUGAACUCGAGGAAAUUAAUGAGGAUGAAUCUUUGAUCUUAUUUAGUAGACAUGCCUUUUUGAGGGACUCUCCUCCAUGUGAAUUUGUGUCUCUCUCUCGUGCUGUCGUAUCCACUACUGGAGGGCUUCCCUUAGCUCUCGAAGUUAUAGGUUCGUUUUUGUAUGGGCGAAGACGAGCAUUUUGGGAAGACGCGUUAAAGAGGUUACGGAAAGUACCACAUGAGAAAGUGCAAGAGAAGUUGAGGAUAAGUUAUGAAGCAUUAAACUAUGAGGAAAAACAAAUAUUUUUGGAUGUUGCUUGUUUCGGCGCCAGGGGUAGCUUAAGACUUAUAUUCUACAUGUGGGAGGCUUGCAAUUUUCUUCCGAAUAUGGUGAUUGAAACAUUAAGUUUUAUGUCGCUAAUAAAAAUUGGAGACAAUGGAGAGUUGAGAAUGCAUGACCAGCUGAGAGAUCUAGGUAGGGAAAUUGUUCGCGAAGAAGCUUGCCAUGCACCUAUAAAUCAAAGUAGGUUGUGGGUCCAUGAAGAAGCUUUGGAAGUACUUGAGAGAAAUAAGGGAAUUCAAAAAGAUCGUGUUCAGGCCCUCUGUCUAAACGAAGACUUGUCGCAGAGGGAAUUCACAACUGAACAAUUUGAGACACUACCGAACUUAAGGCUCCUUGUAGUGAACAAUGCCAAACUGAUUGGGAAUUCCAAAAGCUUGCUUCCCAAGUUACGAUGGCUUGUGUGGACCAGAUGUCCUGCAUCCUUGCCUACUUGUUUUGAUCUGGAGAAAUUAGUCAUACUUGCUUUACCAGGAAGUGACAUUUCAGAGCUUUGGGAAGGUUGGAGUCAUCUCAAGCCAGCGAAGCAGUUGAAACAUCUAGGUCUUACAUAUUGCUGUAGUUUGAAAGUUACUCCUGAUCUCUCAACCUUUAGAAAUUUAGAGAUCUUAACCCUCGAAAAAUGUUUCAAUCUGGAGCAAAUUCACCCUUCAAUUGGAGAAGCCAAGGGCCUCGUUGUAUUGGACUUGCGGGAAUGUAAGAAACUACAAGAGCUACCCCAAGAAAUGGGCAAGUUGGAACAACUGAAGGAACUUUCCAUAGGCCAGACUGCUAUAGAGGAAAUUCCUCCAUGUAUAGGUUCUUUGAAUAAGCUGGAGGUGCUUUAUGCUGGUGGUUGCGAAUCAUUGGUUGGACUUCCCGACUCAAUUGGCCAUCUGGUAAAUUUGUUGACCCUUGACUUGACAUAUUGCACCAGGUUAUGUAAACUUCCAGAGAGCAUCGGAUCCCUCGUGAAAUUGCAGCACCUAUUAUUAAGUGGGGUGGGCAUUUGUGAAUUGCCUGAAUCCAUUGGGGAUUUGAAGAACUUGAAAACUUUGAAUAUUUCUCAUAAUGAGAAAUUGAGCAGUUUACCUAGUACUAUUAGCAAGUUGGGCAACCUUGAAGAAUUAAAUGCCACACAAUGCAAGAGUUUGGGAGGGGAAAUCCCUAUAGAUGGGUUGUCUUCACUGAAGAUCCUUCGACUAAGUUCGACAGGCUUUUCCAGCUUCCCCGACACAUUUGAUAAGCUUUCUUCUCUUGAGGGACUUGAUUUAUACAACUGCAAGAUGCUUCAAUCGCUGCCGCAAAGCGUCAGUAAGCUGCCUUGUCUGCGAUACCUUAACUUAACUAGUUGUGACAAUCUUCAGUCGCUGCCAGAUUUUCCUGCCAGUUUAUCAGUUUUGGAAGUCACCUGGCAGCAUCGAACAUUGCCUCAACUUUCUCAUCUAAUCCACCUAAAAAAGCUUGCUGUUGUGGAUUGCCAAUUGCUAGAAUCCAUGCCAGAUCUUCCCUCAGGAUUAUCGGAGCUUCAUGUCCAAGAUUGUGGUGAGUUGAAAGAGUUAUCGAGUUUGUCAAGUCUGGAAUUCUUGUCAGAGUUAGGUCUCGGUGGGUGCAAUGAACUGACAGAAAUCAAGGGUCUGGAAGCAUUAAAAUCCUUAGCAAAACUAAAUGUAUCUGGAUGCUCGAAGUUGUCCAACCUUGACGGCCUUGGACAUCUAGAGUCUUUGAGGUACGUGUGUAUAAGUACGUUCUGUGACUCAGAUGAUCUCUUUCAAGUUAGAGGCCUUGACAAAUUAAAAUACGUGGAAGAGCUGCGGGUACGUGACUGUCAGUCCCUUGUAAGACCAGACCUUUCGCAAUUAACACAUCUGAGGCAAUUAGGCUUUUACAACUGCCACAAUCUUGUCGAAAUUAAAGGCCUUGAGGGAUUGAAAAACUUGGAAGGAGUGGAAUUGCAGGGGUGCACAUCCAUAGACCUCUCAUGGUGCCAGAAGCUUGGAGCUGUUAAAGCCUUUCUUAGGGAUAGCUUUUCAGUUUUUGAAGCAGCUAUCGAAUUGACACAGUUUAUGAAGGAAUACAAGACGCUACAAUCGCUGCCACAAAGCAUUAGUAAGUUGCCUUCUCUGCAGCACCUUGAUUUAAUGCUGUGUGACAAUCUUCAGUCGCUACCAGAGAUUUCCCCUUGUUUAACAUCUUUGAAAUUCACUUGCCAGCAUCAGCCAUUGCCUCAACUUUCUCAUCUAAUCCAUCUAAAAAAGCUCAAGGUUGUGGGUUGCCGAUUGCUGGAAUCCCUGCCGGAGCUUCCCUCUGGAUUAUUCAAGCUUUGUGUCCAAUAUUAUGAUGAGUUGAAAGGGUUACCUAGUUUGUCUAGUAUGGAAUUCUUGUCAGAAUUAAAUUUCAAUUCAUGCAGCGAGCUGACAGAAAUCAAGGUUGCAAAAAUAGGUGAAUACAACCAACUAUCAUUUUCAUCUUUGGACCAAAAACAAGCAAGAAGCAUUAAAAUACCUAGAAGGAUUAACUGUAUCAGAAUGCUGGAAGUUGUCCAACCUCGACAGCCUUGA